UUUUUGCAGGAGGAACAUCAGGCUGCUGCUGCGUGACUCUCCCGAACCAAAGAAGGAAAAAACAAGAGAGGAGAAGCUGCAGACUGGGACCUGGAACUGGGAAUCAUCAGAACACCUCAGUACCAGUGUCAGAAGUUUGAGGACGCGGGUUGUUCAGGUUGUUUUUGGUGGUUUUGUGGAUGUAGGAGCUUGGUUGGUUGGUGUCGGAGAUCUUCUGCUCGGCUGAGUGAAACUUCUUGAUGGUUCCAUGAAGCUCAGAGCCUCUCGGUGUGAAGCGGAUUGAUCGUUUGGAGAUUAGAAGAGCUGAGGAGAUGGAGUGGUGCCGCACGCUGUGUGUUGCGCUUUUCUUGGUUUGGUCCGGACUCCGGAGCCCGUGUACUGCUGAGGAGGAGGUGGUGAUGAACACCAAGUCUGAAACGUCUGAUCUCAGAUGGACCAUCCACCCCAGCGCUAACCCUGAGUGGGACGAGCUGAGCGGGCUGGACGAUGACGGGAACAGCGUCAGGACGUUUCAGAUCUGCCCGGACGACGGCUCGGCGUCUCAUUGGCUGAGGACGCGUCUGAUCCCGGCGGGCGGAGCCUCUCAGCUCUACGUGGAGAUCCGCUUCACGGUGCUGGAGUGCGGCUCACUGCACACGUACACACACACACACACCUGCAAAGAGACCUUCAACGUCUUCUACUACCAGAGCGACGAGGACAUGGCCAGCGCAUCACUUCCUGUGUGGGCGGAGAGUUCGUAUACCAAGGUGGACACGGUGGCGGCGGACUUCCUGUUGCGGCGCGGCGGUGAGAGGAAGUCGAACGUGAAGACGCUGCGCGUGGGCCCCGUCAGUAAGCGUGGGAUUCACCUGGCGUUCCAGGCUCAGGGCGUGUGCAUGGCGCUGCUCGCCGUGCGGGUCUAUUUUAAAAAGUGCCCCGCCCACGUACGCAACUUCUCCGCCUUCCCCGAGACCCUCCCUCAUUCGCUGGUGCAGCAGGCCGAGGGCGUGUGCGUGGAGAACUCCGCCCCCUCGGGCCCUGACGCACGCCCACCCACCAUGCUGUGCGGCGAGGACGGGCGGUGGGUGGAGCCUCCGUCUACUUCCUGUGCGUGCAAGGCUGGAUACGAACCUGUGGAUGCGGAGCGGUGUCGAGCGUGUGGCGCUGGUCAGUAUAAAUCAUCGCCGGGGGCGAGUGUGUGUCGCGUGUGUCCCAUGAACAGUAACACACACUCACCCGGAGCCACGGUGUGUUCCUGUCAGCCCGGGUACUACAGAGCGCCGACCGACACCCCCGACACGGCGUGUACCAAACCCCCCUCGGCGCCGCUGAACCUGGUCCCUCAGGUGAACGAUACGGUGGUGAUGCUGGAGUGGAGCGAGCCGGCGGACCGCGGCGGCCGCUCCGAUCUCUCCUACUCUAUCGAGUGCGUGCGCUGCGGUGCUAGCAUGAGCGCCAGCGAGUGUGUGCCGUGUGCCGAGAGCGCCGUGUACCGUCCAUCCCAGACUGGGCUGAAGACGCGGCGUGUGGUCGUCCACAACCUGCAGCCGCACACGCGCUACACCUUCACCGUCAUCGCCAUCAACGGAGUGACCGCCGUGAGCCACACCCACACCUCCUCGGCUAGCGUUAACAUCACUACCAGCAGCUACGUCCUGGUCCCGGUCUCAGGGAUCAGGAGAACGAAGGCGUCGGAGACCAGCGUGACGCUGAGCUGGACAGUUCCUGAUAAGAGCGUCACGGAGUACCAGCUACGCUACAGCCUUCAGGAUGAGGAUGACGUGUGGCAGUACAUCAGCACUAAACAGAACUCACUGGUUCUGUCGGACCUGUCCCGCUCCUCCCAGUAUAAAGUUCAGGUUCGGGCCAGAACCAGCGCUGGAUACGGACAGUUCAGCAACACCGUCACAGUCCGAACACUACCGGAUGAUUUGGACUCCCAGUCGCGGGUGAUACUGAUGGCUGUUCUGAUUGCUAUGGGACUCCUCAUCCUUAUCACCGUGGUAACAGUCGCCGUGUACUGCUUUCGGAAACACAGCCGACUGAGAGACGCCGAGUCAGACAAAAACGGACAGUACCUCAUGACCCCGGGGAUGAAGGUGUACAUCGACCCGUUUACCUACGAGGACCCGAACGAGGCGGUGCGAGAGUUCGCUAAAGAGAUCGACGUCUCGUUCGUCAAGAUCGAGGAGGUGAUCGGGGCAGGUGAAUUCGGGGAGGUGUGUCGGGGUCGUCUGCGUGUUCCCGGGAAGAAGGAGAACUACGUCGCCAUCAAGACUCUGAAGGGAGGAUACACGGACAAGCAGAGGCGGGACUUCCUGUCCGAGGCCUCCAUCAUGGGCCAGUUCCAGCAUCCCAACAUCAUCCACCUGGAGGGCGUGAUCACCACUUCCUGUCCCUCCAUGAUCAUCACCGAGUACAUGGAGAACGGGGCGCUCGACUCCUUCCUCAGGCUGAACGACGGGCAGUUCACCCCCCUGCAGUGUGUGGGGAUGUUACGUGGCAUCGCCAGCGGGAUGAAGUACCUGUGUGAGAUGGGCUUCGUACACCGAGACCUCGCCGCCCGCAACAUCCUGGUCAACAGUAACCUGGUGUGUAAGGUCUCCGACUUCGGCCUGAGCAGGUUCCUCACCGAGAGCUCGUCUGACCCCACCUACACCAGCUCUCUGGGUGGGAAGAUCCCGAUCCGAUGGACGGCGCCCGAGGCCAUCGCUUUCCGAAAGUUCACCUCCGCCUCGGACGUGUGGAGCUACGGCAUCGUCAUGUGGGAGGUGAUGUCGUUCGGAGAGCGGCCAUACUGGGACAUGAGUAACCAGGAUGUGAUCAACGCUAUAGAGCAGGAUUACCGCCUGCCCCGCCCGCCCGACUGCCCCGCCCCUCUGCACCAGCUCAUGCUGGACUGUUGGCAGAGAGAACGAGCGUCCCGACCCAGGUUCUGCGACAUCGUGAACUCUCUGGACAAGCUCAUCCGAAACCCCGCCUCUCUGAAACACACCACGCCCACACACGACGGGUUGUUGCUGGACCAGCGAGCUCCUCUCUCUCAGUGCGCGUCGGUCAGCGAGUGGUUAAAGGGGAUCAAGAUGGAGCGCUAUGAGGAAAAUUUCCUCCAGGCUGGAUUCACCACGCUGGAGCUCAUCUCUCAGAUCAGCACUGAGGAUCUGCUGAGGAUCGGCGUCACUCUGGCCGGACAUCAGAAGAAACUUCUGUCCAGCAUCCAGUCCAUGAGAGUCCAGUUCAAGAACUCUCUCAGAUACUGAAGUGCCCAAAACUUCCCAUCAUCCUUUGCACUUCCAGCCCAGGACCUUGACACGUGACGGCCGAGCGGCCCGGCGGAGCGUCUCCGAAAGGAACGACCAACCAGUGGGGACAAAGCAUCCGGCGUGGCAAAGUUCGUCCAAUCAGAGCUCAGCGUUCAGUGACGCCGGCGUGGGCACAGAGACGUUUUGUUUGUUUGUUUACUUGUUUUUCACCUCUCAGCGUGGAUAUACUCAGUUCCCCCACACACUCCAGCGAGCUCGCUGGCGGAUUCUUACCGAGAUAGAGCUGCUCUCUCUGUGUGUGUGUGUGUGUGUGUGUGUGUGUGUGUAUCCUCCACCACCUGUGCUGCCACCCCAACCAGCCAGCAGGAGUCGCUGUUGCAGCAUCCGGUCUCAGACUGUUAAAUCCGUCUACGGUGGCGGGACUUCACACGACCGUGGAGCGGAAUUUAUCCUGAGUGACUUACAGCCGGGGCAGCGGAGGUUCAAGGGCAGCUUGGUGGUGGUGGGACUUAAACCCUCGACCUUCCGGGGAAAAGUUCCGGUGAGGAUCUAAACCGCUGAGCCGUCGCUGCCCGUGUCGCCGUGAUGGCAUCAGUUAGGUCACCCAUGUCAGAAUACUGAUAUUCAACAGUGCCUUAACCUGAUUGGCUAAGCUCACACUCAGGGAUGGACUCGCGGCAUCGUCCUGUACACGCCCCUGUUCCACGUGACGGCCAAUCAGAGUCUCUCUGCAAGAAACGACCUAAUUUAUGACAUCAUCACACAGAGGAUCACGUUAUGACAUCAUCACACAGAGGAUCACAUUAUGACAUCAUCACACAGAGGAUCACAUCAUGACAUCACAAGAGGAUCUCGUUAUGACAUCACACAGAGGAUCACAUCAUGACAUCACACAGAGGAUCUCAUUAUGACAUCAUCACACAGAGGAUCACGUUAUGACAUCACAGUGCCUUAAGCUGAAGUCUGCAGUGUUUCCACGUGUACAACAACAUACCUGUGCCAACACUCUCCACAGUGCCUGAAGCUGAUUGGCCGAUUCCGUGCCUGGGCUUUUCGUCCAAUCACAUUUUGCGUCUGAUUUAUUUUGAAUAAUAAAUAUGUUUUUUAUCUCUUUUUGAGUUUGUACGGGACAGAACGAACACACCAGCACUUUCACACCGGACACGCCCGCGGCGCUUUACUUUAGGACACACAUCCUUCUAACUCCAAAUACGGAUGAAAGAGAAAGUGGGCGUGGCCUCCCGAGGACUGUCGCUAUGGUUACACAACCGCUUCGCCUUCCUCUUCACAGAUCGGCCGGGCGUGGCCCGCGAUCGCCCCUCAGCGACAGGCCUCGAACCUUGAACUCUGUCUCUGGGAGGUUGCCGUGGCGACGGCCGCCCCUUUGCAUUCUGGGAGUUUGUGGAUCUUCAUAUUGAAGGUCUGUUAUUAUUCGAAUGAGCCGAUGAUAUUUGGUAUGUUCUUUUUUAUGGAAUAAAAUAAUUAAA